ACAGUCCAUUUCCUCCAACUCCAUUGAAUUAUUCCUGCUUGAAUAACUAAAAAAAUGCCCCGUGGAAUGCCUCGUAUUUUGUUUGUGAGCGGUUUCUCUUCUCACACUCGCGCCAAGGACCUAGCGUACGAGUUUGAGAAGUACGGCCCUCUCGUUAGGUGCGACGUCCCCGCGACGCGUAACCCAAAUGCAAACCCGUAUGCCUUCGUCGAGUUCAGGUAUGAACGUGAUGCCGAAGAUGCUUACUACGACAUGCAUGGCGCCCGCAUUGACGACCGCCGCAUUACCGUCCAGUGGGCGAAGAAUCCCCCUUCUGCCAUUUGGCGCCUGGAUGACCGUCCUCGCCGUGAUCGCUCUCCCCCGCGCCGCAGGGACGAUGACCGUGACCGUGAUAGACGUCGUUCACGUUCGCCUCCUCGGCGCAGGGACGACGAUCGCGACCGUGACCGUGACAGGCGCGACAGAGACAGGGACGAUGACAGGAGGGACAGGGACAGAGAUGAGAGGGACAGGGAUCGCGAUCGCGAUCGUGAUGAUCGUCGCGACAGGGAUAGGGAUGACAGGCGGGACAGAGAUCGCGAUGACCGGAAGGAUCGCGAAAAGGAGCCCAAUGGUGACUCCCGUCGUGACGGGAAAGAGGCUGAUAAAAAGCCCAACGGUGAAGUUAAGGAGGAGAGCGCUAAGCCGGACAUCCGCGACAACGCCAUGACCCCUCCUUACGACAACUGAAUUAGGGUUUCUGCCUCAGAACUCGUGCGGUGUCCGAAAGUGCUCCUUGUUAGUUACUUGCUUGAUUCUUGUUGAUCCUUCUACAGUAGUUUACUCAUACACGCUAGCUCGUACAACCUCGCUGAGGUC